AAGUACUGUACGAUACUACAUGACUGUACAUCAGCUAUAAAAUCCAAGCUAAAACUAAAAGAGAGCAAAGAGAAAAUGGAGCGCAUAAGACCUGUGAAUGAAGUUGUGUAUUUUCUUAUAUUUCUUAGCUUGGUAGCAACUUGCAGUACCAUUAGCGCAACUCAGUCAUGUAUAACGGAAUCAUCAAAGAUUUGUGCAGCUUCUUCUUCUUCCUGCCAGAUCCCCGUUGGGAAGAAGCACUUCGUGUUGAUUCACGGAGCCGGUCACGGAGCGUGGUCUUGGUACAAGGUGGCGGCGUUACUGAAAUCUUCCGGUCAUAAUGUAACGGCUCUGGACUUGGGAGCAUCAGGAAUCAAUCCGAUCCAGGUUCAGCAACUCCCUUCGUUCUCCGACUUCGUUGAACCGUUGACAAAGAUCAUGGUGUCACUGCCGCCAAAAGAAAGGGUUAUUCUGGUGUCUCACAGCAUGGCCGGAGCUACAAUAGCGGUUUUCAUGGAGAAGUUCCCUGAGAAAAUUGCGGCAGCCGUGUAUGUCUCUGCCUUUAUGUCAGGUCCUACUCUCAAUUACUCCACCAUUUUUACAGAGAUAAACAAACGAUUGGAUUAUAUGGAUUCUGAAUUUAGAUAUGACAACGGGACCAAAGAUUCUGCAACCUCCUUUCGCUUUGGGCCUAAGGUCUUGGAAAGCUUCUACCAGCUAUCCCCACCAGAGGAUUUAUCACUAGGAAUUUCGUUGGUGAGAUUUUCCCCUCUAUACGACUACGAUCUUAUGAAACUCACAGAGGAGAAAUAUGGAUUGGUUCCCAGAAUAUUCAUCGUGGCGGAUCAAGACCGUGCAAUAGUGUUGGACGUGCAAAAUUUCAUGAUCAAGAAUAAUCCACCAGAUGAAGUCAGAGUGAUCAGUGGUUCUGAUCACAUGGUCAUGUUCUGUAGACCAGUGGAGCUCUUCUCCCCCCUACAGAAUAUUGCUGAGAAAUAUUCCUGAGGACUUGAGGAGUUUAUCUUGUAAAGUACCAUAAGCCCAUAAUUUCCUAAGAAUAAAACUAACUAGCUAGCUAAUGGGUGUAAAUUCUUAUAAGUUCUUACAUCCAAAAGCAUAUCUGCAUGUGUACCAAUUCCAACUGAAUGGUAAAAUUUUGCGAAAUAUCACAGUGAUCUAUAUGCUAUUACUAUUAGCUGGGCCUAUUCUCAGUUUUUAGUGAUCUUUCU